AUGCAAAAUCUUCAGGGCAAAGUAGCAUUAGUGACCGGAGGAGGGUCCGGCAUCAGCCUUGCCUUUUGCAAGCUGCUGUACAAGGCAGGCUGCAAAGUUCUCAUUGCCGACAUUGCUCUGCACGGCACCGCGAAACAGUGGCUCGCGUCGAUUCAGGCAGAAAGCCCCUCUGACGCCGCUCGGGCGAAAUUCGUUCGAACAGACGUGACGGACUGGGACCAGCUUGAGACGGCUUUCAAGGAGAGCGAGGUCGUGCUUGGGACUCAGCCUGACAUCGUGGUACCCGGCGCAGGAGUCUACGAGCCAUCCUCCAAUUCGUUCUGGGAGGAUCAUGAUCUGAACUCGCGCUACAAGGUGCUGGACAUCGACUUGGUCCAUCCUAUUAAAUUGACGCGGAUGGCUAUUCGACACAUGGUUCAAGCUCGCAAAGCAGGAACUAUCAUACACAUCUCCAGCAUCGCAGGGCAACGGGCGAGCGUCGUAACGCCGCUGUACACAGCGGCCAAGCAUGGUAUAAACAGUUUCAUCCGCAGUAUGGGUUCGCUGGAAGCCAUGGCAGGUAUUCGAGUUCUCGGAGUGGCGCCAGGAACGGUCGGCACUCCACUGUUUACAGACCACCCUGAGGCGUCCAAAUUCCUGGACCUUGACAAAGACACGCUACUUGCACCGGAGCAUGUCGCCAAUGCAAUGUUCGCACUCCUGACUGAGACCCAAUACAAGGGCGGCACAGUCCUUGAAGUUUGUCAUGAGACUGCGUGGCGGGAAGUGUCCUUGCUCAAUGACCCGGGGCCGCAGGGGCCGGCGAGCAUCACAAGCCGCAAAAGCGAAGCGAUCAAAGAUAUCCUUCCCCAUCUAGGAGAGCUGGACAAGAUGGUCGUCGAGGGAGUGAGGACUGAUUAA